AUGGAGGCUAUAUCACCCCCACGUCCAGCCGCGUCGGCGCCAGCGCUGGUCUCGAGCCAGAGUGCCCCUCCACCUGGCGCCCCGCGAGACGCCGUGGAGACGCUGGACCGAGAUCUGGACCAGACACAGAAUCUGGAUCAAGAUCAAGAUCAGCUCCAAGGUUCAAGGGCAGUACAAGUGGGCAUGGCCACCGAAGAUCCCUCGGCGCCGAGCCUGUUCUCGCCCGGCAUCAAGGUAGAGUUUCAUGGCAGCGCAUCGACUCUACCGUCCGCGCAGCCAACUGGCGACGGCAGAGGCGAGGGCGCAGACCACGCCCGGCCCUCUAUGGCCCCUCAUCCUCGAUCUGCACCUGCUGUCCAACAGUUUCAGAGCCCAAUGAGACACCACAAAAGAACCCCUAGUCAGCAUCGUGUGGUCAAGGAGACCCUCAAUGCCCGGUCCGAAUACACAAGCGACGACUCGGACGGCCGGUCGCACCAUGUCAUCAACCAGUACACCAUCAAGGAGGAAAUAGGCCGCGGGUCCUACGGCGCGGUCCACCUCGCCGUGGACCAGUUCGGCAAUGAAUACGCCAUCAAGGAGUUCUCAAAGACUCGUCUGCGCAAACGCGCCCAGUCCAACAUCCUCCGUCGAGGUCCCAGGCGAGGGCCAGGCCGCUUCCCACCACGCCCUCGGACAGCAGCAGACUCGGGUUCUGGGCCGGGCAUGGACCCCACCGUGUCGUACCAGCUGCGCGACCACAAAAAGUCCGAGGACAACGACUCCCUAUUCCUCAUCAGAGAGGAGAUCGCCAUCAUGAAGAAACUCAACCACCCCAACCUCGUCUCGCUGAUCGAGGUGCUCGACGACCCGGACGAGGACUCGCUCUACAUGGUCCUGGAGAUGUGCAAGAAGGGCGUCGUCAUGAAGGUCGGGCUCGACGAGGCUGCCAAACCGUACAGCGAGGAGACGUGUCGGUACUGGUUCCGCGACCUGAUUCUUGGUAUCGAGUACCUGCACGCCCAAGGGGUCGUGCAUCGGGACAUCAAGCCGGACAACCUACUCCUGACCGAGGACGACGUGUUGAAGAUCGUCGACUUUGGCGUCAGUGAGAUGUUUGAAAAGCCCGAGCAGAUGCGCACGGCCAAGUCUGCCGGGUCGCCCGCCUUCCUGCCCCCGGAAUUGUGCGUCGCCAAGCAUGGAGAUGUAAGUGGGACGGCGGCGGACGUUUGGAGCAUGGGCGUGUCGCUAUUCUGUCUGAGGUACGGCCAUAUACCGUUCAAUCGGGCAGGUGUACUGGAGAUAUAUGAAGCCAUCAAGACGGAAACGCCAACGAUGCCUGAGGAUGAGAACGAGAAUUUCAGGGAUCUGAUCACGAGGUUAAUGGAGAAGGAUCCGGAGCAGAGGAUCACGAUGCCUGACAUUAGGGAACAUCCAUGGGUCACAAGGGACGGCACCGAUCCACUUCUGGACGCUGAAGAAAACUGCUCCGAACUUAUCGACGCCCCAAACGAGCUUGAGGUCAGUCACGCUUUCACACGGCAGAUGGGCCAUCUACUAUGCGUGAUGAAGGCCAUCUCAAACUUCAAAUCCCUCCUCUCGUCCCGGUCUCGCACCAACAGCCCGAGGACCAGCCUCUUCCCUGAGGACGCGGACCCAAACAACAACAGACACGUUCCGCGCUGGACCCGACACAGGCCGAAACCUUCCAUGGACGAGCAGGAGUUCGAGGCUCUCAAGCGGGACAACGAGGAACACGCCACGCGGCUCCUGGAACAACGAAAGCAGGUCCUCCAGAAUAGGGGCGGAAACAUUGCCGGCCCAUUCGGCCUGCCCGUUCACCCCAGCAACGAGCCCAACAGAGGGGACAGCACAGACCAGCCCCCGACGGAGGAAGAGUCUGGCAGGAGCCACGGGGAGCGAAACGCUCAAGCCUCGCCGGGGGCGCCAGCCCUGCUGGGCAUCGGCACGGGUGGGCGCGACAACUUCGCGAGCGGAAGCGAGGGCGAGCCAACAUCAGUAGCGGACUCGCCGACGGCGGUUGACUUCAACGUAUACGACCGGGCGUACGAGGAGGAAAUCGAGCGGAUCAAGAAGGCGGGCGGGCAGGCGCCGAGCGUGUACAUGACAUGGCACCUCAAGUCCAAGGACCGGUUCCACGACGACGGGGCGCUGGACGUCAGGGAGGAGCACGGGGACGGCGAGGCCGGCGGAGGAGGCGCCGGCGACCGUGGCAGAGACAAGCUCCAGGGGGCGUUCAGGAACAACAAGUUCGCCGACCUCGUGUCGCAGACCAUCCGGGACUCGAGGGCCAGGAGCCAGGAGGCUCGGAUUGAGAAUGCCGAGGAGGAGGGCACUGGGGAGAGCUGA